CUUCUUUCCACCCGAAGCCCUCCUCACCAGUUAUAAGUUGGGGUAGAGCAGACCUCUUGUGUAUCAACAGACUGAGGGGAGUGAUUUCAAGGAGGCUCCAUUCCAUUCCGUCUCGGGCCCUUUUGGUUCUUUUGUCACGUUGAAGCCUUCUGCAGCACGCAGAACACCGCAUCCACCGCUUUCACAGCAAUUAGAUAGUCCCCUCCUUCACUUCCUCGUCGUGUAUUCCCGCUCCGUAAUUCACCGCCAAUUGACAAUCGAGACAUCAAAAUGCCGACCGCCGAGAGAGCACCCCAAACGCUCUACGACAAGGUCUUCCAGGCCCACAUUGUCGACGAGAAGCUCGACGGCACCAUCCUCCUGUACAUCGACCGCCACCUCGUGCACGAGGUCACCUCACCACAAGCUUUCGAGGGCCUCGAGGCCGCCGGCCGCAAGGUCAGGAGACCAGACUGCACGCUCGCCACAACAGACCAUAAUGUCCCCACCACGUCCCGAAAAGCGCUCAAGAACAUUGCGAGCUUCAUCCAGGAGGAUGAGUCCAGGACACAGUGUGUCACGCUCGAGGAGAAUGUCAAGAAGUUCGGCAUUACGUACUUCGGCCUGAGCGACAAGAGGCAAGGCAUCGUCCACGUCAUCGGCCCCGAGCAGGGCUUCACCCUCCCCGGCACCACCGUGGUCUGCGGCGACAGCCACACGUCGACCCAUGGCGCCUUUGGUGCGCUCGCUUUCGGCAUCGGCACCUCCGAGGUUGAACACGUGCUUGCCACCCAGUGCCUGAUCACGAAGCGCAGCAAAAACAUGAGGGUACAAGUCGACGGCGAGCUGGCCCCCGGCGUCAGCUCCAAGGAUGUGAUUCUGCACGUCAUCGGCAAGGUCGGCACGGCCGGCGGCACGGGCGCCGUGAUCGAGUACUGCGGCUCCGUCAUCCGCUCGCUCAGCAUGGAGGCUCGCAUGUCCAUCUGCAACAUGUCGAUCGAGGCCGGCGCGAGGGCGGGCAUGGUGGCUCCUGACGAGGUCACCUUCGAGUACCUCAAGGGCCGCCCCCUGGCCCCCAAGUACGGCUCCGAGGAGUGGAACAAGGCCGUCGCUUACUGGAAGUCGCUGCAGUCCGAUCCCGACGCCAAGUACGACAUUGACGUCUUCAUCGACGCCAAGGAUAUCGUUCCGACCGUGACCUGGGGCACCAGCCCCGAGGACGUCGUGCCCAUCACCGGCGUGGUGCCCGACCCCGAGACCUUCCCCACCGAGACCAAGAGGGCCGGCGGCCGCCGGAUGCUCGAGUACAUGGGCCUCGUCCCCGGGACGCCGAUGGAGGAGAUCGUGAUCGACAAGGUCUUCAUCGGCUCCUGCACGAACUCCCGGAUCGAGGAUCUCCGCGCCGCCGCUCAAGUCGUCAAGGGCAGGAAGGUCGCGUCCAACGUCAAGCGCGCCAUGAUCGUGCCGGGAUCCGGCCUCGUCAAGGAGCAGGCCGAGAAGGAGGGUCUUGACAAGAUCUUCAUCGACGCCGGGUUCGAGUGGCGGGAGGCCGGCUGCAGCAUGUGCCUGGGCAUGAAUCCCGACAUCCUGUCGCCCAAGGAGCGGUGCGCCAGCACCAGCAACCGGAACUUCGAGGGCCGCCAGGGUGCUCAGGGCCGCACUCACCUCAUGUCCCCCGUCAUGGCCGCGGCUGCGGCCAUCGUGGGCAAGCUCGCCGACGUGAGGAAACUGGCCAAGUACAACGGCAGCCCGCACAUCGAGGCGGCCAUCGCGCCCGAGCCGACGACCGAGAAGGCGCACGCCGACGAGCGCAUUGAGACCGACGACCACGAGAAGGAGGCCCUGGCGGACCAGCCCGAGGACCAGUCGCCCCAGAUCAACACGUCGGUGGUGCGGAGCGGGGCGGCGGCGGCGGGCGCCGCGGGCGGCCUGCCCAAGUUCACGGUGCUCAAGGGGAUCGCGGCGCCGAUGGAGAAAGCCAACAUCGACACGGAUGCCAUCAUCCCCAAGCAGUUCCUCAAGACAAUCAAGCGCACGGGCCUGGGCAGCGCGCUCUUCUACGAGAUGCGCUACCUCGAGCCCGGCGUCGAGAACCCGGACUUCGUCCUCAACCGCGAGCCGUACCGCCGGGCCAAGAUCAUCGUCUGCACGGGCGCCAACUUUGGCUGCGGCUCGUCGCGCGAGCACGCGCCCUGGGCGCUCCGCGACUUCGGCGUCCUGAGCGUGAUCGCGCCGUCGUUUGCCGACAUCUUCUUCAACAACUCGUUCAAGAACGGCAUGCUGCCGAUCGUCAUCCCGAACAAGGACGACCUCGAGCGCGUGCACGCCGAGGCCGUCGCCGGCCGCGAGGUCGAGAUCGACCUGCCCAACCAGCUCGUCAAGGACGAGAAGGGCAACACGCUGUGCUCGUUCGACGUCGACGAGUUCCGCAAGCACUGCCUCAUCAACGGCCUCGACGACAUCGGCCUGACCAUGCAGCUCGAGGACAAGAUCGCCGAGUUCGAGCGCAAGAUGACCCUCGAGACCCCCUGGCUCGACGGCAAGGGCUAUCUCAAGCGCAAGGGCAUGGGCGGCCAGCUCGCCGUCAAGGCCGCGCCCGUGCCCAAGACGAAUCGCGGCGAUGUCAAGACGGAGCCGCUGGAGUGGUGAAGGGGCCUGGAUGGCUGUUGAAACUGCGGAGGAUGGGAGGCGCGGGUUGCGCCAUGUGUUGUGAUAUUUGGGAUCAUGACGUCCGUGCUGCGUUGCGUUGAUGAGGGCCCGCUAGGCGACGGUCCAUUUGGUUGCGCAAUCUCUUGCUGGUUUGGCAGAGAAAGACACAAUGACU